AAUAGAGUAUACAGUACACAUAGUUGAACAUAAAUAAUAUCUACAGAUACGAAUAUGAUACUUCAAAAAAGUAGUCAUGCGGUGGAAAUUGAAGAAGCAAGUUUGGUUUUAGCGAUUUACUCCUACACGUUUGUUGGGUCGUAAGUCGAGUAAAUUUUUCGUUGAAAUUUUGAAUCGUCGUUACGAUGAAAGAAGAGGAUAUAUUUUUAUCACGAAUAAAGGAAAAAUGAAUUUCCCAAAUUUGCUAUUAGUUUUCUCAUCUCUGCUGGGCCGAAAUGACGAAAAGAAUGGAACCGAUGUCACACGUAUUCCGAAAAUCGAUUAUCAAACCGCCGAGGGAAUCGAAAUAAUUCCGAACACUUAUGAAUCAUCAUCGAUACAAGAUGAAAUCACCGCAUCCACGUUUCCAUCGAAAGAAAUGUUUCCAAACCAAGUAAAUUCAUCAGACGAAAUUUUCACUUCAAUCCAUAGCUUCAACGAUGAACAUCUCCGAACAAAAAAUUGCUCUUAUGACGAAAACUGCUCGAUGUACGACAACUGCUGCGAAGAUUUCAAGCAUCUAGAUAAUUUAUCCAAUCACAAGAUACGAUUCUCUUGCGUGAACACUCCUUUGGAUGGUAAAAUUUACAUGAUACAGAAAUGCCCAUCCGAACACGCUAAUUUGGAAUCCAUUUACAAAUGUGAGACAUCCUUUGACCCUGAAGCUGUGCACGAUAUUUCUUUAAUUUUGCCUGUAACCAGCUCGACGAAAAAUAUCACUUACAGAAACUCAUUCUGCGCAGUUUGCAAUAAUGAGACAUCGUUUGAGAUUUGGGAUCCUGUUUUGUACUACGAAUUGAGUGAAAUAGGCGAUCUAGUCAUCACAGAUGAAAUUUCCGGGUUGGUUGAUAAAAUACAUGAUGGAUUUGCCAACCAGUCGAUGAUUCUGUCCAAUUUAAAGGUGGCAAAUGGCACAGCAUUAGUUUCUGAAUUUAAUAAUCUGACUUACAAGUGCACUUUACUCGUGCAAAUGCCAUCGAUAUUGAAACCACUCGUGAGAUAUUGUCGAUCCAAUGUAACCACACAAAUUGCCAGUGAUAAAGAUGGUUCUGCUGGCAAAACAAUAUAUGCAAACAAUUUAAUCAAAUUGGACAGAAAUAAUUUACCCCAAAACUUAAUAAAUCCGGAAAAAGAAGUCAACUUUACUAGGAAAUUCCGUAACGAAAUCAACAACCACGUUAAAACUUGCGUUUACUCGGCUACAAUAAGUGGAGAUGCUUGUUUAGUGAACAGUUUCUUUUUGGCAGAUACCGAAGUUGUUUUCAUGAAAAACGACGAGAUCUACGUGAAAAAAUACAACGCUACUUUUGAUCAGACUGAAUACACCAAUGAAACAUCGCUAAAAAACAUCGUCUACGUUUGCGGUACCGAAUUGCCAGACCGACGUAAAAUAACGACUUUCGUCAAAGUUUUUCUCAGUCGUUUUUCAACAUUUUGUAUUCUACUUCUAUUGAUCAUGAACGCUAAGAAGAAAAAGCUGCAAAGUUUAUCCGAUAAGAUGACCUAUGCGUACUGCAUCACUAUGCUAUUGGUGUAUGGGGCUUUUGAAAUGCAUAGACACCCCAGCUGGUGUCUUUUCACCGAAGAAGCGAUGCAUUAUUUCUUCCUCAGUCACUUUAUCUGGUUUUUAGCCAUGUCUUACGAAUUGUGGAACGUGAUAUGUCGAUUAUCGGUGAAAUUUCAAAGCGCAUCGGGUAAAAGUCACACGAAAAGGUUCGUCGUGUAUUGUUUAAUUUGCUGGAUUACGCCAUUACCUGUCAUACCGCUGACGAUGUAUUAUAGAAGAUUUGUAAAUAUUCCUACGAAUUGUCCGUCUAUCCCAGGAUACAAAAUACGUCAACCUUGUCUAACCAUACCGGAGUCCCCGAUAGGCCUGUACGUGUUUUUCAUCAACAGCGUGAUUAUCUGCAUAAAUGUAUUUUUAUUCGCGCACGUUUGUUACCAUAUUUAUCUGACGAAACGUAGGAAUGUCAAAUCAACGUCGCAUAAUAAUUAUUUCGAGCUUUUCGUCAAAUUAGCUUUGACGAUGGAUUUACAAUGGUUUUUCUAUCUGUUUUCGUUUAGCGAUAUAGAAGGGUUGAAGGUGCUGAAUACGAUGCUGAACGCGUCUCACGGAUUGAUCACGUUUUUAGCCUACGGUGUGAAAAAGAGCACUUUUGUGGAUUUUUAUAAAAAAUACCGGAGUUAUUUCGACGUUUUUCAAAAAAUGAGGAAUACGUUUGUCCAGCUGUUUGGCGAUGUGAAAAGAGUGCCUUUUUUGAAACGUCAUUCGGUUGAACCUUCUACUCAGCAUACUGGGCUAGAUAAUAUGCUUUCUGAUGUGUAAUUUUUUGUACUUUUUUUUUUUUUUGAAAUACAGUAAUUUAUUUUAUUGCAA